AUGGACUCUGAUGACUACGAUGACGAUCUUGCCGACGAGGACUUGGUGGAGGCAAUCAGUCAAACUCAAGCUGGACCAUCGAGCUCAUCUGCUCUCCAUUCGCAGAGCCUCCCACUAGCCAGGAACUCAGUGGCGAGCAAGGCUCUGACACCAUCCUUUAAUCGAGUUAAUACAGGGCGUCAAACUCAUAUCUACAAUGUGAACACCGAGCCCAAAUCUGCAUCGUUCAAUCAGUUUUUCAGAACAGCACCGGGCAAUUCCAUUAGCGAGGGACUAGAUGAUCUGCCCUCAGAUGCAUUCUCCUCCUCACCAGAGCCUCAGGUCGUCAGCUCAGUAUCCAGAAGAACGGCGGCCCCUGCACCAAGGACAGUAAAUGGACUUACUCGCACAUCAUCAUCAACAUUUCGUCAAACCACUCUGCUUGGCGGCACUGUAGUAGAUGACGCCUCUAUGCAACCAUCUCAACCAGGUUUUGGGAGAGUAUAUCGAGGCGACAAGCCAGAAGAGCCACCAGCCCAUCAUGCCCUUGACCGCGAAGCUAUGAAGACUUGGCUAUAUCCAACCAAUCUCGGUGCUACAAGAGACUAUCAGUUCAGCAUUGUCAAGAAUGGACUUUUCAACAACACGCUCGUUGCUUUGCCCACGGGUUUGGGCAAGACAUUCAUUGCUGCGACCGUCAUGCUGAACUAUUACCGAUGGACAAAAGAUGCCAAGAUUGUAUUUGUCGCUCCAACUAAGCCCUUAGUGGCCCAGCAGGUGGAUGCGUGCUUCAAUAUCGCGGGCAUAUCCCGUUCGAACACAACCCUUCUAACGGGAGACACGGCGCCGGCACUAAGGAAUGACGAGUGGAUUUCCAAGCGUGUGUUCUUCAUGACGCCGCAAACUCUUGCCAAUGAUAUCUCGCAUGGCUAUGCAGACCCGAAGUCGAUAGUACUUCUGGUGAUUGACGAAGCCCAUCGUGCAACGGGCGAGUACGCCUACGCAAAAGUUGUGAAGUUGAUGCGCCGCUACAAUCCCUAUUUUCGAGUUUUGGCUCUAACCGCUACUCCCGGCUCCAAGAUUGAGACUGUUCAAGAGAUCAUCGACAACCUGGGAAUCUCUCAUAUUGAGAUUAGGACAGAGGACUCCAUCGAUAUUCGCCAAUACGUGCACCAGAGGAACGUUGACCAGGUCCUUCUCGACCCUUCUGAUGAGAUAUUUGAAAUCCGAGACCUUUUUUCAAAGGCUUUGAAGCCCUUGAUGGACAAGCUCACGCAACAAAACAUUUACUACGGACGAGAUCCGAUGGCCAUCACAACUUUCGGCUUAGUUAAACAACAACAUGAAUGGUUUACUAACGUGGGACGAAGGGCUGCCCCGCCAGUGCAAUUCAUGAUGCGGGCCGUGUUUAGCAUCCUCGCCAGUCUCGCUCAUGCCAUCAAACUCCUGAAUUUCCACGGCAUUAGACCUUUUUACGAGAAUUUGAAGGAGUUCCGGAGCACCACCGAAGAAAAGGGUCCCAAGGGAUCCAAGUACAAACAACAAAUUAUCAACGACGAAAGUUUCCAAGAGAUGAUGACCAAGGUCGAGAAGUGGCUUCGCACCGAUGGCUUUGUAGGCCACCCAAAGCUGGCUGCCCUUCAAGAUACCAUUCUGAAUCACUUCAUGGAUGCUGGCGGAGAAUCUUCAACUCGAGUCAUCGUAUUCAGUGAAUACAGAGACAGCGCCGAGGAUAUUGUCCGGGUGCUAAAUGCUCACAAGCCGCUUAUCAAGGCCACAGUUUUUGUUGGUCAAGCAGAUUCAAAACGGUCCGCCGGCAUGAAGCAAGCCGAACAGAUUGAAACAAUAGAGAAGUUCAAGGACGGCAGAUACAAUGUGCUGGUGGCGACGUCCAUCGGUGAAGAAGGUCUUGACAUUGGACAGGUCGAUCUUAUCGUGUGCUAUGAUGCUUCGUCCUCGCCUAUCCGCAUGCUUCAACGAAUGGGCAGAACGGGACGAAAGAGAGCGGGCAACAUCGUCCUGCUGCUAAUGCGUGGCAAGGAAGAGGAGGCAUUCGCCAGGUCCAAGGAUAACUACGCCGAAAUGCAGAAGCUGAUCUGUGAAGGGAGCAAAUUUAACUUCCGCCACGACCUUUCGGCUCGUAUUGUGCCACGAGAUAUUCGACCGGAAGUUGUCAUGCAGCAGAUUGAGAUCCCAAUCGAGAACACGCAAAAUCCAUCGCUACCUGAGCCAAAGAAACGGAGAGCGGCCGCAAAGAAGCCUCCCAAAAAGUUUCACCUGCCUGACGGGGUUGAGUUGGGAUUCGUAAAGGCAUCAGAUAUGGGCAAGCCUAUCACAGGCACCAAAAGGGGGCGCCCGUCAAAACCCCCACAGCCGACUGAGGCCGACUUCCUCGCUGACAUACCCUCGGUCAACUCAGUCGUUCUCACCAAUACUCAGCUGGCGGAUCUUAAUAGGAUCUAUCGAUCUCUGCCAGCCAGCGGUGCCAAUGUCGAGGAGACCGAAAUGCCAAGCUUGGCAUCUUAUCCAUUGCUUCAGCGACGGCUACGACCUGUGGCCAAGGUUCAGCAUGGGCAGCGUACAAAGAAGUUUGUUAAGCUUUUCAAGCAAUUGGCCCAAAGCCAGGGUACGGUUGACAGGUAUACAUAUCCAUACGGAGAAGUAGACAAGAGCAGGUACAGGGAGCUUCCCCUACCGCCUUUCGCCAGCGACACCGAGGAUGAGGGGGCUUUAGGUGCGAGAAGCAGAGAGCAGGUGUUGGUGCUGUCGGACAAGGACGAGCCAGUCGAGGAGUCUCGGCCGAAGAAGCGAAGAUCAACUGGCGCACCAAAAGCCAGAGCGCCUAAAGCCAGAGCCUUCACCUCUGCCUCAGCUCUUAUAGACGAUGGGAUGGGCAACUCCAUGGAGGAGGAAGAAUCGCCUCCAAGACGCCGUCCAAAGAAGGCCGCUGCCCGAGGGCGCGGUAGGAAGGCGGGGAGGAGAGCUGGCCGCGGCAUCAACAGCGAUGAGCUCGGCGAUGACUGCGAAAGGGAUAGCGACAUGCAGGAUACGGAUGGAUCUGACAGCGGAGCGGACCUUCUAGACUUCGUUGUCUCGGACGACCACCCCAUCUCCAGUAUACGGCCGACAUCCUCGACAUUGCCAUCGAGUCGAACCGCAUCUCCAGCAGCCGGGUCGCGUUCGGCAACCUCUAAACCGUUCUACGUGCCGACUGAGUUUCCACCUACGCAGGAGUCGGUCGAUUCGCUGAUGGAUGAGAACGACAAUCUCCUCAGCAGCACCAGAAAACCAUCAGCGAGCAGGGGGCCUGUAGAGUCCGAUCAGGACGACACUCCGCAGCGGCACGUUGGCGGGCGGCAACAGAGGAGGCGGCCCGUGUUUGAAAGUGACAGUGACGAGUGA